AUGCAUCGUAUAGAACUACUCUUGACACUUUUGGCACUUAUGUUUACAAGAACCUCAGAAACUUGUACUUCACGUUUUAACAUCACCGCAGUCAGAGGGGAACCUUUCUAUCUGAGAUAUUGCUCAUCAGCAUCUGAGCCCAAGAAUGAAACAGCCGUCAUAAAAUGGUACAAGAGCAAUGGAUCACAGGGGCGCAUUGAGCUAAACUCAAGCAGUUCACCCAGAAUUUCUCUGCACGAUUAUGUCUUGGAGUUUUGGCCAGCUGAGUUGGAGGACAGUGGAUCUUACUUUUUCCAAAUGGGAAAUGAUACGCAUGAAUGGAAAUUAAAUGUCAUUGGAAAAAGUAAACACGGCUGUUUUGCUGAAAAACAACUAAUUAGUAAAACUGUGGAAGUUCAAAAAUCUUUGCAUGUAAACUGUAAACAAAACACAUACUAUUCAAAACUGGCCAAUAGAACAUCACUGUAUAAGAACUGUGAAGAGAUGGAGAACAAUAAAAACCCAGUUUUACAGAAGAAUGCGGAGUUUAAAGAUCAGGGAUAUUACACCUGUGUGUUUUUCAUUCAUCAUAAUGGAAAACUAUUUAAUGUCACCAAAACCUUCAAUGUAACAAUAGUUGGAGAUCGCAGCAAAAUAAUUCCUGUUCUUCUUGGACCAAAGCUUAACUAUGUGAAGGUGGAAUUAGGAAAAGUUGUAGAACUCAACUGCUCUGCUUUGGUGAAUGAAAAGGAUGCAGUUUAUUGGAACGUGUGGGAAGGAAAUGGAAAGGAACCUAAUGUUCAUGAAGAGAACAUAACAAGAACUAGGACUCCAGAUGGCAAAUUGUAUGCAUCAAGAAUAUUGAGAAUUGAGAAUAUUAAUGAAAAAAAUCUUAAGUUUUCCUAUAGUUGUGUUGUGGCCGGCGAGGGAGGCACAGACACCAUAAACUUUGUCUUGUUGAAAAAAGAAGAGAUGGUUGAUAUCCCAGGCUACGUCUUCACCAGAGGAAUGAUCAUAGCUGUUUUGAUCUCAGUGGUAGCUGUGUUCCUAGUGAUUAUGGGUGUCAUUUAUAGAGUUGACUUGGCCCUAUUUUAUAGACAUUUCAUGGGAAAAGAUGAAACGUUAACAGAUGGAAAAACAUAUGAUGCUUUUGUGUCUUACCUAAAAGAAUGUGGACCCGAGAAUGGAGAGGAGCACACCUUUGCCGUGGAGAUUUUGCCCGGGGUGUUGGAGAAACACUUUGGGUAUAAAUUAUGCAUAUUUGAAAGGGAUGUCGUGCCUGGAGGAGCUGUUGUUGAUGAAAUCCACUCAUUGAUAGAAAAAAGUCGAAGACUGAUCAUCGUUCUAAGUAAAAGCUACAUGUCUAAUGAAGUCAGGUACGAACUUGAAAGUGGACUUCAUGAAGCUCUGGUAGAAAGGAAAAUUAAAAUCAUCUUAAUUGAAUUUACACCUGUCAGUGACUUCACAUUCUUCCCCGAAUCACUACAGCUUUUGAAAUCUCAUAGAGUUCUGAAAUGGAAUGCUGAUAAACCUCCGUCGUAUAACUCAAGGUUCUGGAAAAAUCUUCUUUAUCUGAUGCCUGCAAAAAUGGUCAAGCCAUGCGGAGCUGAAUCUGAAGUCUUACCUGUUCUUUCACGGUCCUGA